UCUACUCAAAAAUUCAAUUUUUUUUUUCAAACUUCUCUUCUUCUUGCUACAGCUGAAACAAUGGUGAUGAUGUCUUCUAGGGUUUCAAAAUUUAGGGUAGGGUUCUAAGAUUUUUCUGGCUCUUCUCUACUUGCUUUACCCGAAACACUAACCCCAGAAAAAUAAGUCUUGGUCAAAACACACUAAACCCGAACAGAAACCAACCCAGAAAAUAAAUCUCACUAAGACAAAAAAAAAAAAAAAAGCUUUAUCAAAAAUACAGAGAUUAAGAUUAGAAAUGGUUAAGAUGAAGACACCAUUUCGAUCUCGGAGUUCAUCAACAACAGGUACACAGCAAUCCAAUAAAUCAUUUCUGUUUCAGGCUGCCUGCAAACGAAGGCCUAGGUGGUCAGCGACAGCGUCCAUUGCCGGAUCUCCAUCCCGUACUCCGCUGUGGUCUUAAAGCCCUGUACUCCUCCAAUCCUUUAAUCGUUUCAAGAAGCACAAAUGUUGGGCAUUUCUUAUGGAGAGCUCUUCCUAUUGAUUGGAGCCACCGCUGCACUUGUUGGUAAGGAUCUUCCAAUUAUAGCCAGAACUCUUGGGAGAUUUGCGGGUCGUUCAAUUGGAUAUGUACAAUUGGUUCUUGGGCAAUUUGAAAAUGUCAUGCACCAGUCCCAAGCUCGCCAGGUUCACGAAGAGCUUCAAGAAACAAUGUCUCAACUUGAGGCGAUUCGCCAUGAAAUUCGAAGCAUAUCUUUCAUGAAUCCUAGUCCUUUGACUAGGAAUUUGAUGGACAGUGCACUUAAUCCCAAUAAUCAUGUUAAUGCUGGUGAGAAUUUGGUUGGGAAGAGUGUGGAAGAGCAGAAGCCAAAAGUGAAGGAUAAUAGUUUCAAAACCUCAUCUUCAGUCGAUUUGCAUUCUCAAGCAACUUCCUUUGCAAAAUUGGCCAAAUCUGAAGUUGUUCAGAACAUUUCUCUAAAAGGGAAUUUAGAGAAAGUGAAGUUUGAUUAUGAGGUCGGUGUUUUUGUAAUUUUGCCUGUUUCGGCUGAGUCUGGUGGAUUGCUUCCAAAUCGAAAGGAGAAUAAUAUAAAAGGAUCAGACAUUAUGUUGGAAGCAGAAGUUGAAGUAGAAGUUGCUCAUCAUGCCAAAGACUUCUUUUCCCAGCCACAAAAUCAACUGCCCUAAAUUCAAUCAGAAAGCAACAUGUUUUAUUAUGACUAAAAGUGAAGUUUUUUGUAGUGAGCAUAAGCAACAUAGCAAUAAAAAAUAGAUGGAUAAUUCAUCAUUAUAAUUAUUAAUAAUCUUUAAUCGGACCAUCCCUUUAAUUAUGUAUGGACAUUGUAGAUGUAAAUGUAGACCCCAUACUUUCCUAUAUAUAUUAUAAUUAUGACUUUAUACUAUAGCCAAAAUGACCAUAAUACUCCUCUUAUACCUAAUCAACCAACAUGGACAAAAUGAAAUUUAACUAUAAUAAAUAACAGCAAGGUUAAAACGGUGAAGAGACUGCUAAGUACAAACUGAAGCCUAUAUAAGAAACCUUUGUCAAAUGCGCUCUCAUCACAAAAUCAAGUAUAUAUAUAUAUUUUUAAGUGUUGAGGUUGAGAUCAUUAAUUACUUACUAGAAGAAGAAGAGACCAUGGAAAGUUACACAAGGAGCAGAACCAUAACGAUCAGCGGUAGAAACUUGUCGUCGAGAAUUCCUAGUCGUCCGAUCCCAAAGAGAGGGCAAGUAAAGAUGGGGAUAGUUGUCGCCUGUCGGAUUAGCUCACUCUGUAGCUUCAGUUUUCUCUCCUGGCCGUCGAUGACGAGAUUCUGAUUAUAUAUAUAUAUGGGGUUCAGGAGUUGUUUCUGUGCAAAUUACGUACUCUCUUUUUUCUUUUUCUUUUCUUAAAUCAUGUAUGAGAUCGACGCUCCCAUGUACAGUGGUCUUUGCGGUAUAUAUUAAUGGAGUUUAUUAUAUAUAUAAUUCCUUGUUUAUUCUCAUUA